ACCGCCGUUCCAGAGGCAAACGGGCCAAGAUGAGAGCCUUGGGAGCCGUCAUCACCCUGCUGCUCUGGGGACAGCUCUUCGCCGCGGACUUUGGCAACGAGGUCACGGAUAUUGCAGAUGACAGCUGCCCAAAGCCCCCGGAGAUUGCAAACGGCUACGUGGAGCACUUGGUCCGUUACCAGUGUAAGAACUACUACAGGCUGCGCACUGAAGGAGAUGGAGUAUAUGCCUUGAACAGUGAGAAGCAGUGGGUGAACAAGGCUGUUGGAGAGCAACUUCCUGAAUGUGAAGCAGUAUGUGGAAAGCCGAAGCAUCCAGUGGAUCAGGUGCAGCGGAUCAUCGGUGGAUCUCUGGACGCCAAAGGCAGUUUUCCUUGGCAGGCUAAGAUGGUCUCCCGCCACAAUCUUGUCACAGGGGCCACACUGAUCAGUGAGCAAUGGCUGUUGACCACGGCCAAAAAUCUCUUCCUGAAUCACACAGAGAAUGCAACUGCACAAGAUAUUGCCCCUACUUUAACUCUUUAUUUGGGCAGAAGGCAGCUUGUGGAAAUCGAGAAGGUGGUUCUCCACCCUAACUACUCUGAGGUAGACAUCGGGCUCAUAAAACUCAAAGAUAAGGUACCUGUUAAUGAGAGAGUGAUGCCCAUUUGCCUACCUUCAAAGGAUUAUACGGAAGUGGGGCGUGUGGGUUAUGUGUCCGGCUGGGGGCGAAACUCCAACUUCAGAUACACUGACCAUCUGAAGUAUGUCAUGCUGCCUGUGGCUGACCAAGAUAAGUGUAUCCAGCAUUAUGAAAACAGUACAGUGCCUGAAAAUAAGAUUCCUAAGAGCCCUGUAGGGGUGCAGCCCAUCCUGAAUGAACACACCUUCUGCGCUGGCAUGUCCAAGUAUCAGGAAGACACCUGCUAUGGUGACGCUGGCAGCACCUUUGCCAUUCACGACCUGCAGCAAGACACUUGGUACGCAGCCGGGAUCCUGAGCUUUGAUAAGAGCUGCACUGUCGCUGAGUAUGGUGUGUAUGUGAAGACAUUCAACAUCCUGGACUGGAUUCAGAAAACCAUAGCCAGCAACUAGUACAAGACAGGAUGGAAGCCCGUAUCUGAGAGCAAAAUUCACCCUGGGAGAGGGAAAGGUGGAUAGGAAUAGAUGGGGUAAGACAGUCUGAGGCUGUUGGGUGCCAGAGCUGUACUGCUGCGUCAAUCAAUAAAGAGCUUUUAUAUAUGUA